UUAUUAACGGUAUAUUUCAGAAAAUCUGAAACUUCGAUAUUUUGAAAUUAAGGUCCCUAAUAUACUCAAAGUUGAUACAACAAUCUCUUGAAAAGAAAUAACAUUACUAUGGAGUUUUGGAUAAUGGGCGUGAUACCGCCCACUUAUAACUGCAAUCUGCAUCGGAAUUCAGUUUGCUUCACUGUAAAGUUUUCUUCAAAUAUGUAAACUACUCAUACUCUAACAAAAAGGGUAUGGAAGGAAGAGAAGUGAAGAUAUUUAGCCCUAUCAUAGAAUCCAUCGUAGAGAAUCUACGAAUUCGGAUGUCCGCUACGAAUACAAAGAAAUUGCUAUCACUGAAUCCGAGUGAACUCGAAAACAGUGCUGCCAAAUUAAAAUUUCGAAGUACGAAGUUUCGCAAUCAGCUGGCUGAAAGUAAACAAAUAAGUUUAAUCGUGCAAUAUUUUUGAUUUUAGACAUUUUUAUAAAAUUAUCAAUAAAAAAAAAUGGAUUCACUGGCGAGUGCAAUCAUGCUGAUGGUAGAGGAAGGUGAAUUAAGCAGGUCCGCUAUUAAAAUUCAGAGAAAAACUUUGAGGGACGCAAGUAAUCCUCUCGAAAUGCAAGAAGUAAUGUUCAUAAAAAAUUUUCGCUUAAACAAAGCCGCAUUUACGUACGUCCUUAGUGUUUUGGAAGAGAAAGCAGCUCCUUCUUGCUUAAGAUUUCUCGCGGAGGGAGGCUAUCAGCAUGGAGUGGGCAAGGAUUAUGACAUACCGAUGGCUCAGUCCACAUUUUGCUGCGUUUUAAAAGACGUAUUGGCGUUGUUACAAACUCAUAUUUGCCCACAUUGGAUAAACCUUAACUUAAGUGAUGACGAAAAACGGCAAGCAAAGAUGGACUUACCAAAAAACAGGGUUUCCUGGAGUAGUGUUGUGUGUGGACGGGACUCAUAUUAAAAUAAUUUCUCCCACUGAAGACAAAUUAAUGUAUUAUAACCGAAAAGGCUACUACAGCGUCAAUGCCAUGAUAGUAAGUUUGAUAGACAAGUUAUGCAUCAAGGUUUAAUUAAAUUAUUUGCAGAUUUGCGAUAACAAAAUGAAAAUCCGCCAUGUGAAUGCGCAGUACCCAGGAAGCAAUUACGAUUCCUAUAUAAUGAACGUCAGCAAUGCGAGAUGUUUCUUUGAGAGGGGGAGAGGAACUACUUAAAUGGUGAACGUACCACCUGGAUUUAAGUGAAAAUUUAUAAAAAUCGUUUUUCCACGUUCAGGGGAUGCUGGAUACUCCUUGGAACCAUGGUUGAUGACACCUUUCCGUUCACCUCCGCCUGGUAGCUCCGAAAGCCAUUACAACAAGAUA